GACCGGCAUCUACUGUACUUACACAAAACCGUAAUGGAAUCCUUCAACCUGGUUGCAACCUGCAGUCCAUUCGCGCUUUCGUUUUGAAGGGUAUCGCUAUGUCGAAAGUAUCGAUAUCUACUUGCGGAUUGCGCAUAUGUGGCUCUUCCGCAGCUACUGAAGAGGGGGACACGGCGUGGACGCGGCGCUGUACAUUCUGCAACGUGUCGAAAUCAAAUGGAUUCGACGUAGUAUGGGAGGACGAUCACUUCGUCGCAUUUCGGGAUCAUAAUCCUGCCGCCGAGCACCAUUUUCUCGUGAUUCCCAAAGAACAUGUCGGAACAGUGAAAACUUUGACUAAGUCGGAUGUGGACAUGGUUCAAAGAUUAGUUAAAAUUGGCCAUACGCUUUUGAGCGACCAUAAUGUUCCUGAAAAUCAACGACGUCUAGGCUUUCAUAUACCCCCAUUCAGCUCAGUUCCCCACCUGCAUUUGCACGCUCAAGGACUUCCUUACAGGUCUCUUUUUCGCAAAAUGAAGUAUGCGGUUGCGACCGGUAGAAAGGCUCGCGACAAAGGGUUCUCAUGGUUCGUGGAAGCCGAACAGGAGAUUCGUAUUUUGGGCAAGGGUCAGACUGCUUACUCAUUCGGCUCAUGAAGUCGUGCGUCAUGGCUUCAAGCUUGUUGCAACCAACCACACAUACUGCAUCUGCAGUCCUUGGCAUCGCUGAACUUCGAAGGUCAUUUUUAGAGAUAGUGCCUGACUUGCUUCUUCCGGCCCUUUGCAACACUCUUUAACUGAG